AUGUUGCGUACCGUUGCGAUAGUCUUUGCUGCUUUCUACCUGACCGUCUGGCUGCCUGAAGAGACCACUGCAGCCGGCCCACAGGGCAACGGAGUUCCCUCUGUAGCCGUUAUUGAACAUGAGGCUGAACAUGUAGAACAACAGAUCCAACCGGCAUCGACUAAAACAACGCCGCUUUCAGUUCGUCCCGUCGCGGGGGUGGCGCUCCUUGUAGCGCUCUCCACAGCAUUGUUUCUGCUUUUGAGACGCGUUCAACGGUUUUCUUCCUCCGAUAAGGAAACGGCCGAUGGUGAGGGUGAGGGCGCAAAGGGACCCACUGCUGGCUUUAAGCCGGCUGUAGGCCCCGGUGGAAAGCCCAUUGUUGAAUGGCUCACAGGUGAAGAAAAUCUCGAGACUUGGGGAGCUGCUGAGGUUGCCGCGGCAGACCCAGAGUUUGACAGUAAAGCAUAUCCACCAGCACACCCACCGGUUGUUCUGACUAAGGAAGAAGUGGAAACCAAGAUCAAAGAAAUGAAACAUGUGCUUAAGUUGAUUGAUGAGGGUGAGAAAUCAGGUAGUAUGGCCGAUAGCACAGGUGAAUCCGUUGGGCAUCGGCUGCGUGAAGCAUUCGGCCUCCGCCAGGAGAACAAGCUGGCGCAAUUUGACAAGGCCGUUACGCAAGAGAUGGUCGCAACUUUCAAUGACCUUAUUAGUUCUAUUGAAGAUGUCUUAUUCCGCGUCUAUGGCACCCGCAGCGAGGACAUGGACGAGAGUGGACGCCGAAGGGGAGAUGUCUCACAAUAG